AUGCCUCUCCUUUUCCCCAACUUCAGGAUACAUCAAGUUUUUGGCGCAAACACCGACGUGGGCAAAACUCUUCUUACCACGGCUCUAGUCCGAGCUACAGCAUCAAAAUACGCCGCUUCAUCAAAAGGUAAAGGAAAAAGUGUUUUUUACUUGAAACCUGUAUCAACCGGUCCAGACGAAGAAUCAGAUGUCAGGUAUGUACAAAGACAUACGAAACCAUAUGCAUCUAUGAUCGAGACGCAUAACUUGUAUCAAUAUAGAGAACCUAUGUCCCCUCAUUUAGCUGCAAAACUAGCACCUGAUCUACCGUUUCCUCAAAGCAACGACGAGCUAGUACGAGGUAUAGAAAAUUACGCUACCAGUCGUGUGAAGCAGCUGAACGGGAGGGAAGGAGCCUUGUUCGUUGAGACUGCAGGAGGGGUUCACUCACCGGCACUACAUCCACCUCAUACUCAGUCUACUUUUCUACGAUCACUCCGUCUUCCGUCUGUAUUAGUGGCUUCACCUCAUUUAGGAGGUAUAUCGACGACGAUCUCAUCAUACGAGUCUCUGAUCCUUCGAGGUUAUUCCAUCUCCGCUGUUCUGUGCUUGUAUGACUCAUACUACCGAAACGACGAUUUCCUAGAAGGCUAUUUUAGGGAUAGAGGAGUAGGAUAUUGGUCUGUCAAACCACCUCCAGAAAAGUGCGGUACACUUGAAGAAGACGCCACUAGGUUAGGACAGUGGUACCAUCAAGUCGAGAAUUCAGGUAAUCGGGAAGAAGGUGGUGGUGUGAGAGAAGCUUCUGAGUGGUUAGACAUAGAACAUCAAAAGAGAAUAAAAGAGUUAAAUAGUAUGCCGGACAGGACUCUGAAGAGCGUUUGGUGGCCUUUUACUCAACAUGGUUUGGUAAAUAAAAAAGAGGAUGUUAUGGUGGUCGAUUCUGCUUAUGGAGAUAAUUUCGAUUCUUUCUACAUCAAGCCUUUACCUACUACUGCCACUUCGACCGAGCCAAUACCGGAAGAAGAAGGUAGCUUACUGAACUCUUACUUUGACGGAUCAGCGAGUUGGUUCACACAAUCUCAUGGUCAUGCGAACGAGGAACUCACCCUGGCAGCGGCAGCAGCAGCUGGCCGAUAUGGGCAUGUACUAUUCCCCUCAGGUACACAUGAACCAGCAUUAAAACUCGCCGAGAAAUUGAAGUCAACUGUAGGAAAAGGUUGGGCAGAGAGAGUCUUUUACUCCGACAAUGGGAGUACAGGAAUAGAAGUUGGGUUAAAGAUGGCACUUAGAGCUGCUGGAAGAAGAUAUGGAUAUGACGGUGAGAUGGGUGGGGAUGUUGGGGUCAUCGGUUUAAGAGGGGGUUAUCACGGUGAUACUAUCGGAAGCAUGGACGCUUCUGAGGCAUCCACUUUCAACAAAGCUGUCGAUUGGUAUAAGGGGCGAGGACAUUGGUUCUCCCCUCCAAUGGUUCAAUAUGUUGAUGGCCUUCCCACCGUACUCACGACCGGUCCAGAUGAAUGGUCAUCACUUCCUUCUUCAAUAUCAUCACCAUCAAAAUCAACUCCUGAUGGAUGGUCAUUACCGUUCAACGACUUGCAGUCUAUCUAUUCCCUCCCUUCCCGUCUAACAUCGCCUUUAGCAGAUUAUUACCGAUCACAUAUCCGAUCCAACCUUGAGAACGCAGUUUCGGAAGGCAAGAAAUUUGGUGCAUUGAUUAUGGAACCUACGUGUCUCGGAGCUGGAGGAAUGAUUUUCGUUGAUCCACUAUUCCAAGCAUGCAUGGUUGAAGUCGUUAGAGCGAGCUCAGAUCUAUUUGGAGGUAAAUCAUGGAAGGGCAAACAAUACAAAGAAGAUCUAAAAGAAAUCAGAGAUGGCUGGAGAGAGAAACGUAAAUGGAGAGGUGUACCGAUCAUUUAUGAUGAGGUCUUCUCCGGAUUGCACAGAUUCGGUUAUUUAUCAGCUUCAUCAGUUCUGACUCACACACCAGACAUAUCAGUUUACGCCAAGAUAUUGACAGGUGGUUUGUUACCGUUAUCAGCAACUCUAGCUUCAACUUCAAUAUUUAACACUUUCUUAUCGGACCGAAAAGUUGAUGCCCUCCUUCAUGGUCAUUCAUAUACUGCCAACCCCGUAGGCUGCUCCGUUUCACUAAAAGCAAUUGAAAUCUUAGAAAGACAGAAUUGGUCAAAAGAGAAAGAAAUGUGGGGUAUCACCCAGACCGAAUCCGAAUCUGAAACGAAACGGUGGUCUUUCUGGAACGAAAAUUUCAUUAAAUCCGUUAGCAAUCUACCGUCCAUAAAAGGAACUAUGGGAAUGGGAACUGUUUUGGCUAUUGAAUUGGAUGCUGGUGAAGGUGGAUACUCUUCACAUGCAGCAUUGGAUUUCUUAACUUCCCUACGCAAACAGAUUAUAUCUUCAUCAGAAGGACAAUUCGCACCAUUCCAAAUACAUUCGAGACCACUAGGAAACGUGGUUUACAUCAUGACUAGUAGUUUUACGAAACCGGAGGUGAUGAGAGCCAUGGAGAAGACCAUUCUAGAACAGUUACAGACGAUAUAG